AUGUUUUUGCAACGCUCCGCCAUCGCUGCGGCCCGCCGCGCCGCCGUCGCCCCCGUCGUCGCUCGCUCCUUCACCACCUCCUUCAUUCGUCGCGAAGGUGCCAAGGGUCCUACUACCCCCAGCGAGCAGGCUGCUGCCCUUGCCGGCACUACCCAGAAGAAGGUCGGCGACUACAAGGUCUUGAACGAGAUCAAGUCUGAGGACGACCUCCUGGGACCCGGUGCCCGCCCCGGUACCGUUCCCACCGAUCUCGAGCAAGCUACCGGUCUUGAGCGUCUGGAAAUUCUGGGUAAGAUGGAAGGCGUUGACAUCUUCGACAUGCGCCCUCUUGAUGCCAGCCGCAAGGGAACUAUGGAGAACCCAAUCAUGGUCCGAUCUGCUGGCGAUGAGCAGUACGCCGGUUGCACCGGAUCUCCUGCCGACUCUCACGUCGUCACUUGGCUCGGCCUUUCUAAGGAGCGCCCCAUUGAGCGAUGCCCCGAGUGUGGCAGCGUCUACAAGAUGGACUUCGUCGGCGCCGAGGAUGACCACCACCACCACCACGGCCCCGAAAUCGAGGAGCCCAAGACCUUCGCCGACUUCAUCAAGCCUGAGUACCGAUACCGAUAA